AGCCAUAACGCCCAGAGUGAGACAUUGCUAGCCAGAGCUGACCCUCCCAGAGAGGAACCCUGGACAGAACAAGCAACAACGUGACGAUGGACGAAUGCUACUGUACUCUCAGCGAUUCGCUGCUCCGUCCGCGGCACUGUCGCAUUUGUGCCAGCGAAUGAGGCAUCGUCACUUUCGGUUCGGCCAACAAUCAAAGACGUUGGCCGUGGAAACCCAACGGGCGACCGAGACCAGCAAAAUGUCUCCGUUGACGUUAGGCCGAAGGAGGCUUCGGUUCCCGGAUCCGCCAUGUCCUCGUGGCUCAAGCCUUUGGACGCACGACGUAAGAAUGCGUGUACCACAAGGAGGGGAGCGAACUUCUUGGGAGCAGAAGCCGGCGAUGCUGGUUCCGGGCAAAAGCCUCAGGUCCCCCUUCCAAGACCGGAGCCAUGCCGCUGGGCGAGUGCACCAAGUUCGCCGAAGCAAGCAAAGGAAGAGACCCGGGCUGAGUCCGGCCAGCAAAAAAAGUGAAGUAAUCCAUCCAGGCGAGACAGCGCCAGUGCUUUGGCUUGGAAUGCUCUUGCGGGACUGGUGUUUGAGUCUCCAUCAGCGACUCGUGCUAUUUUCGGCUCUCUGCUCGCCCUUGAGAUCCCUCACUUUCUUUUCUUUUUUUCCUUUCCUUCUUCCUUUCCGGCAAAUUAGCUUCAUUCGUGGGAUUACAUUACACGGCGUGUCCACGCUGCCUGAAUAGCAGCAUGUUUGCAUGCGGUUGGCUGCCCUGCGCACGCGCGAUCUGCACAUUUCCCUUGCUAUCAAAGGAUCGGGUGGCACAUGGGCGUCUAGGCCGCCCAGCCAUGUGGCCGCCAGACACAAGAGCUUCUCGCCACUCAUGACCCGAAUACUUGCAUAUAAGUCGAGCCUGCAUAACACCAUUGC